CAUCACACCAGGAUGUUUAGUAUGUGUCGCUUAGGGACUUAACAAGUUAAAAUCAGACUUAAAGCCUUAUAAGGAAGAGACUGGGACCUUCAAAGUGCUUGUUACACUCGUGUCACCGUGGGUUCUUUAAACCAAUCCAAUGGCAGUCGAUAUAUGCUAAGCUAUCAUUUAACACCUUAGCCUUGUGUUAUAGAUGACAAAGGAAAAGUGUGUAAUACUCGUGGUCCGCAGUCUACGUAGGAGUUCUGUUCCCACAAUAACAGAAGCCUUGCUAUAGUUAAUCAUUAGAAAGAGGGCGGUGGUGAAUGUGUAAUGCUAGUAUCGUGAGGGCCGGUGGGCGGACUGAUGCCGCCUGGACUCCUUCCCCGUUCCCUCCCCCAGUCACUCCACCUGAACAAGUUCCUGUGUGCAGUCAUACAGCCUGUUCUGUCCAAACUUUCUUCAUGGGGAACUUUGGUGCUGCUUGGCCUCCAAAUGUGCUGUCACAGCUCCAGGCAUCUUGCAAGCAGUAUUGUUGAAGAAGUCCUCCUCGACAACUUUACAGAGCAAGAAUGAAAAUAAGAUAUCGACGCUGCAUACAUAGACUGAGACACAGGUGUUUCCUGUUUUCUGUGUCCCUGGUGGCAGUGUGUCUGGUCUACAUCAAGGUGAGAGUAAAGGACAGCAUCUUCAUGCACCCUUACGGAAUCACUUUCAGCCUAUCUGGACUUCACAGCCAUCAGUAUGACGUCAACUGCAGUGCUAUCUACGAGCUAGACCCCGUGGAAAUAGGCAAAGCUCUUAAAAUGAAACAAAAAGUCAUUGUUGACGUGGACGACUAUAGCACCGUGAGUUUGACUUCGGACUGUCAGACAUUUGUGAAAACGAGAAUGUAUGACGGCAUUCCGGUAUCAGAGGUCGAGCACAGCUUCCCGCUGGCUUACUCCUUGGUGGUGCACAAGAACGCACCCAUGGUGGAACGGAUUCUUCAUGCCAUCUAUGCACCUCAAAACAUCUACUGUCUUCACUACGACCAAAAGUCCACUCGAGCAUUUAUUGCGGCCAUGAAGAACCUCGCUCAGUGUCUGCCCAACGUGUUCAUUGCCUCCAAACUGGAAUCUGUGGAAUACGCCCACAUUAGUCGACUUCAUGCUGACCUCAAUUGCCUGUUUGACCUGCUUAGGUCGCAGGUCAAGUGGGAAUAUGUCAUCAACCUCUGUGGCCAGGACUUCCCUCUCAAGUCCAACGCUGAACUGGUGGGGGAGCUACGGCAGCUGAAAGGCAGGAACAUGCUUGAGUCCAGCCAGCCCAGUGAAGUCAAGAAACAGCGCUUCAGCUUUAAGCACGAACUCAGGAAUGUGCCUUACGAGUACCGCCGUAUUCCUGUGAAAACCACGGUGGCCAAAGAUGCUCCUCCUCACGCGAUCAUGAUGUUCACUGGGAGUGCGUAUUUUGUGCUGUCAUGGGAUUUUGUGAAUUACAUCAGCAGCAACCAAGUGGUGAAGGACUUUCUGGCAUGGUCAGCGGACACUUACUCACCUGAUGAACACUUUUGGGCCACUCUUGUCAGACUUCCAGGGGUGCCAGGACACAUUUCCCGAUCAGAACCAGAUGUUAGCGACUUGAAGAGUAAGACGCGACUUGUUAAGUGGAACUAUUUGGAAGGAGCUCUGUACCCACCGUGCACAGGCACACACAUGCGCAGCGUUUGCAUCUACGGAACUGCAGAACUCCACUGGCUCCUCAGUGAUGGCCACUGGUUUGCUAACAAAUUUGACCCCAAAGUGGACCCAAUCUUGAUACAGUGUUUGGAGGAGAAGUUGAUGGAAAAACGCUAUGCCACGCAAAAAUGACACUCAUUUCGAUUUGAAACAAACAUGGAAUGUGAGGGAAAAUAUAUAUGAUAACUUUGAUGGUUAAUUUAUCUCGACAAUAAAUGUUUUUAAAAGUUCUACAUGUAGUUUUCGAUAUGGAAUAAUGUCACCCUUUCACAUGAAACACAUUCAUAAGUCAGAUGGAAGAAUAACACUGUAGGAUGUAGUCUUCCCUCACCACUUGGCUUUUCAAAUUCUUCACUCUAUCAUGGUUUUUCCAAAAUAUAUUACUUAAUAAAUCAUGCUGUUUUGUGGUUGAAUACGGCCUAUUAUUAGUCCAAAAAUAUGCAGAUUUAAGCAAAUUUUAGCUAUUUUUAAAGCAUGUUCAAGCAUAAAAAUGGCUACAUGAAGUAAAAUAUAAAUAUAAGGCAUUCAGAAGAUGCAUUCACAGAUGUUGUGAUGGUAGGUAGUAUUCUAUACUGG